AUGGCUACUCCAUUUGUUUACCACGCCAAGGCACAGUCGACUUUUGAGCCGCCCCUCAUUGCCAAUGAGAAUGCUUUUCUUGGCGAUUUAGCAUCGAGCGAACAAAAUGCCCCCGAAAAACCCAUUUCAUGCGGCUUCUUCCGCCUAGAAAGAGGCACCCCACUGGUCUACGAAUACACCUACGACGAGAUGAAGAUCAUCCUGGAAGGCGAGGUUACGAUCUCCGACGCGACAGGGCAGUCGGUGCAGGCUCGGGCGGGCGACGUGUUUUAUUUUCCCAAGGGAUCGAAGAUAACUUUUGUGACUGAGGGCGGAGGGUUGGCGUUUUAUACCGGACAACGUGCUAAGGAGGGUGCGUAAAUUUUUCCGGGCUCUGGGGAUACGGAGUACUCUGUAAUACGUACAGGUGAUUGAUGUUAAUGCCGCAAUGAUAUCCGAACUCGGUGUUCGUAUGGAUCAGAUCCAUAGGUUCGCAACCAUGGUCCCUGAGUAUGAAUUUGUAUGUGUAGAUCUACGUAAACAAAUAAUACGUCAUAGCAAAACGCGGGACCAUGGAUCACGAGCAGGCCAUACCCGAACAGGUAAUUUGAUUUUUUUCAUCCAAGGAACACGGAUCUGAACCGGGCUUUGCGGGAGAUCGCGGACUUCAAUAUAAAACGAAGCUGACACACAU